GCCGCCGCGGAGAGUGGAGCCCGAGGGGGCAGGCCCCGCCGCAAGGACUACGAGGCCUUCGGGUCCAAGCCAGCGGCGCAGAAGUUCGAGCCGCCGGAGCAGCGGCUCGUCCGCCUCCAGGCCGAGGUCGCGGAGCUCCUGCAGUUGGCCGAGGGCUCCGCCGCCUCGGGCAGCCCGGAGGAGGCGGCCGACCAGUUAG